AUGAUAAAGUCAUUUAUUAACAACGGGAUAAAAAUAUACUCGUUGACAUCUGGGAAAGUGAGUCCAGAAGGACGGGGAAUUGGUGGUUUGGGAAAUGGAGGAGGGGAAAGCAACACCAAAAAAAAAAAAAAAAAAAAAAGUGGAAAUGUUGGAAGUAGUGAAAAUUCAGUAGAAAUUUUACAUGAUCUUGAAUUUUCUCAAAAAAGUGAACAAAUAAAGGUAAGUGAAGAUGGUAGGUACCUAUGCAUUAGUGGAAUGUAUCCACCUCAAGUAGGAUUGUAUGAUACAAAAGAAAUGUCGAUAAAGCAUAGGAGGCAUUUCGAUGAAGAGGUCAUUAAUUUUGAAUUCUUAAGCAAUAAUUAUGAAAAAUUAGUUUUUUUAUGUAAAAAUAGACAUAUAGAAUUCCACAAUGCAGCUGGUAAAUAUUAUAAAAUGAGGAUUCCAAAAGAAGGAAGGAAUUUAAUGUAUAAUAAGGAGAAUUGUAAUUUAUAUAUUUGUUCAUCAUUUGAUGAUAUAUACAUUUUAAAUUUACAAAAAGGUUGUUUUGAAAGUUCAUUAAGGAGUAAAAAUGAACAUAAUAAUUUUAUAUGUAAGAAUAUGCAGUUACCUAUUAUUGCUACUGGAGGUUCAAAUGGAAUUCUAGAAAUAUGGGAUGAAAGGGUGAAAAAAAGUAUAAAUUGUUUAGAUAUCCAUGAAAUGGAAGAAUUAACAGAUUGUGCCUUUUCAGAAAGUGGUUUAAAAUUAGCAGUAGGAACGGAAAAGGGAAUUGUAAAACUUUUUGAUAUAAGACAUAGUAAACCUCUUUUUGUUAAAGAUCAUUGCAAUGAUUUACCAAUAAAAAAGAUAGAAUUUAUAAACACUAAUAAGAGGACAAGUGGUAGUGCAGAAAAAUACUCCUAUACCAGUCUUACCCAUAGGUUUGAUAAAAAUGAAAGUAACAGAAAUAGUGACUAUGCUGGAGGUCGUAAUAUUACAUCAAAUGAAUGGGUAGCAUCUGCUGACUCGAAUUGUAUCAAAAUAUACAACGAAAAUGAACAGAAUUUGCUAUCAUUCCAUGUAAUCAAUUUUGAGAGUGAAAAUAGUAGAAAUAGAAAUAAGAACAAAAAGACAAAUGUUUUCAAGUUAUUAAAUAAUGAUACGGUGAACAUCAACUCAUUCACAUUUUACAAAAAUUCUGGAUUAUGUUUCAUUCCAUGUGAUAUGCAAAAUGUAUCCCUUUACUUCAUUCCUUACAUUGGAAUAGCUCCACAGUGGUGCAAUUUCCUGGAUAAUAUUACAGAAGAAUUAGAAGAGAAAGAAAGAUAUUAUAACAGUAAUGAAAAGGAUGAUGAAUAUCAUACCAAUGCUAAUAAUCUUUUUGAUGAUUAUGUUUUUGUUACAAAUGAACAAGUUGAACAGUUAAAUAUAGGUCAUCUCAGAGGAACGUCCAAUUUAAUUUCCUAUCUGCAUGGAUAUUAUAUCCCUACUAAAAUAUAUGCAGAUAUUAAAAGUGUUGUCGAGGCCAAUAAUUUAAAUCAAGUGAAAAAAGCAAUUGUGCAGAAAAGACUUGAGAAGAAGCAACAAAUGAGAAUUCCUGAUAAAAAUGUUUUGAUUAAUAAAGACUAUGUUGACAAGUUGCUAAACAGGGUUAACAAGAAAAUAGACAAGAAACAGAAGGCACUUAUAGAUGCAGAGGAGUUGUUGAAGGAUGAGAGAUUCAACAAACUGUUUUAUGAUCCUGAAUACAUGGUGGAGACUGUUGAUUUGGGGGAUCAAUCAGAUUAA